GUGACCCGAGGACCUGCCCGGGUCCGGGUUUAAAAACUAUGCUUAAAAGUAUAUAAUUCAUAUAAAAAAGAAAUAUCAUAAAUAACUAAUAUUAAAAAAAAAAUUAAGGCUCUGGCAUCGUUUAUCGUUAUAUUCGGGUUUUGGAGCUCACGUUGCCAUCAGCUAUCAUCACCUGAAAGGAGAACCCAACAGAGGGAUCAACGGCUGCGAUGGGUGAGCGCGGUAUUGCCGUAGCCGAGGAGCAGAAACCGGCGGCCGAGAGCCAGAAAAACGACGCCGUUUGCAGCUCCGGCGAUGCUCCUUCGCCGUCUGACCGUCCUGUUCGUGUCUACGCCGAUGGGAUAUACGAUCUCUUCCAUUUCGGCCACGCUCGUUCCCUCGAACAGGCCAAGAAGCUGGUCCCAAAUACAUAUCUGGUAGUCGGAUGCUGCAGUGAUGAGGUCACACACAAGUACAAAGGCAAGACCGUUAUGAAUGAAUCCGAGCGCUACGAAUCCCUUCGUCAUUGCAAGUGUGUUUCCUUUUACCAAUUUUUUUUCUCCCUUUUCCUGGUUUUUGUGCCUCUGCAAGAUUUUGAAUGGGAUGAUCUUUCUGUACUUGUUGUAUCUUCAUUCUUGAUGAGAUCAGUCAGUAUGAGGUGGGUUGACGAGGUUAUUCCUGAUGCUCCGUGGGUGAUUAAUCAAGAGUUCCUCGACAAGCACAAGAUAGACUAUGUGGCUCACGACUCUCUUCCUUAUGCGGAUACGAGUGGAGCUGGAAAGGAUGUCUAUGAAUUUGUUAAAGCUGUGGGAAGAUUCAAAGAGACUAAAAGGACUGAUGGAAUUUCGACCUCCGACAUCAUUAUGAGGAUAGUCAAAGACUAUAACCAGUAUGUUAUGCGCAAUUUGGAUCGUGGAUAUUCAAGAAAGGAGCUUAAUCUUAGUUAUGUUAAGGCAAGCCUUUUUUUCCUCCCUCCCUCUAAAUAUAGUUUCUUUCUCGAAAAGCGUUUGAGAGUGAGUAUGAGACUGAAAAAGCUGCAGGAAAAAGUUAAGGAGCAGCAAGAAAAGGUGGGGGAGAAGAUACAAACCGUUGCAAAGACGGCUACCAUGAAUCGUAACAUGUGGGUCGAAAAUGCUGACCGGUGGGUUGCUGGAUUCCUUGAGAUGUUUGAGGAAGGCUGUCAUAAAAUGGGGACGGCCAUUAGAGACCGAAUUCAAGAGCGACUCAAGGGACAAAGGGCUUUGAUGAAUGGUGACGAUGAUGAUGAUGAUGAUGAUGAUGAUGAGUAUUAUUACGAUACAGACGAAGAAGAAGAAUACUAUUACGAUGAUGAAGAAUAUUACGACAGUGACGAGAAAUGA